AUGAGGGACCCCUGUCGUAUAUGCGGCGUUCGUCUGGUGGGAAGCCAGUGUCGCUGGAUCUUCAGUUCAUCCGGGCAGAGGAAGUUACAAGUCAUCCUUUCUCACGUGUUGGGUCGGGAGGUGAUUCGCGAUGGUCGCGGAGAGUUCCUCUGCGGGAAAUGUGUGUUCCAGUUGGAGAAAGUGGUUCAGUGCGACAUCAAUAUCAGCCGGCUGCAGGAUGAACACAGCAGCCAGAUCCAGAAACUGCAGGCGGACAAAGAGAACCUCAUCCAGUGCAUCGUUCACAUUUAUAGCAAAAACAACCCAGGGAGCAGUGGCAGGGGGAGCUCCAAGAUUCCAGUCAGGUCCUCUGGGGUGGGCAGUCCUGUUGAUGACGCUGCAGCUCAGCUGGCUCACGAAAAACAGCAGUUCAGGGAAAGUGGAAGUGGUGUGGCAGAACAUCGCAUGAGAAGAUGUGUGAGUCUGGAUAGAAUAGCCAGCAAAGGGACUUUUCCUUGGCGCUCGGGCCUUCGGGGCAGCAGGCUGGGAUCAGGAGCAGGGAUUGAUGCACCCGUGAAUAUUGGACUUCGAGGCACACGACAUCGUUCACAGAGCAUGUACCUUGACCUGGUCCAGCGUAAGGGCACACUGGCAAGAUCUGGAUUCAAGGGGCGUUCUGCAUCUCUGCAGUCACUGAAUCGAGACUUUUCCUCAGAGACCCCUCCAGACCCUCAGCCCAAACGAAAACUAAGAGAGCCUAAGGUACUGGUUGCCAGAUAUGGUAGCUCCAAUGAACCAGGAGGGAAGAGUCAGGCCAAAGCGCUGCUCCAGAGCUCUUCAAGUCAGCCGUCUGUGAUCUCUGACCUAAUCCAGAUCCUCCGCUGCAUUUCUAAGCAGCAAGUGUCUUCACCUGCGGGUAGUCGUAUCCCUGUCCUGAGGAGGGUGAACAGUGGCACAGUUGUGCCCCGAGCCCGACUGAAAAAUAGAGAAGCAGAAUGGAAGUCUCUGCACGAGAUUGCAGAAGAGUUUAAUGAUGAGUACACUCCUGUCAGAGAGAAGAAGAGUGAUGUUAAUCGACUGCAGUCCCUCAAUAAAACGCUGACUGAAGAGCUUAACCAGAUAAAAAGCACCAAUGAGAACCUGACAAGAACGUUGGAGGAUUCCCAGAAUCAGAACAAGACCUUAUCAGGGAAGUUGGAGGAAAAGGAGAAUGAACUUAACUCUGAGAAGAAAAAUGCUCUAAAGCGAGAUAAAACAAUCCAGGGGCUCACAGAGGUUCUAAAAGAAAAGGAAAAAGAGAUUGCUGAGCUUUGCCGUGAGAUUGAGGACAGAGAUGAUGCUUUGACCAAGGCCAGAGAAGCAGCCCAUAAAGCCCAACUGCAGAAAUACCAGGGAGUUGAGGAGCACCAAAACCUUUUAAUGGAAAAGCAAACAGAACUGUCCCAGCUCCAAGGGGAACACCAUGCCAAGGUGCUUGAAGCCCAAAAACUGCAGCGUGGCCUUGAGAGGAAGGAGCAAGAGCUGGCUGACAUGCAACAAACAAAAGACCAGCUUGAGAUGGAACUGGAAGACGUGCAGCAACAGAAGAAGAAAGGAGACAAAGCCCUCAAUGAUCUGAACAAUCAGCUGAAAAAGCUGAAUGGUGAGAUGGGGGAGAGGGAGAAUGCCCUUGAACAGCAGUACCAGGAGCUGCUGGACCAAACCAAAAGAAAACUGCAGUCCCAUGAGGUCACCAUCCAGAGGCUCACAUCCAUGCUGGCUGACAAAGAGCAGCAGCUACAGGAGUACAUAAAUAUGAUCGGGGACUUGGAUCAAAGCAAAAGUCCGGGCAGUAACGACAGCAUGCUUGUCAAACUGCGGCAAAGGCUAAAAGAAAAGGAGAGUGCUCUGGAGAAAGCUGUAGAUGAGAAAUUUGCUGCCAUUGAGGAGAAAGACAAUGAGAUUCACCAGUUGCAGCUUUCACUAAGGGAAAAGGAAAGGGACUUGGAGAGACUUAAUAACCUGCUUUCUCGCAAUGAGGAAACCAUCAAUAAUUGGAAUGAUCUGAUCAAAGAGAAGGAUGUUGAGCUGCAGCAUCUUGCAAACACUCUGAAAAACCUGCAGAGGGCAAAACAAGACGUAGAAGAUAACCUGAACCGAUCCCUGAGAGAGAAAGACUCCAUUAUCAACCAGCUACAGCUCUCCCUCGAAGGCAAGACAAAGGAUAUGGAGGAAAUGGCUGAAUCAAUGAUGAGCCAGUCGCAGACUCACGCACGGGACCUCGCUGAACAGAUGGGUCAGAGGCUAAAGGUCACAGAGGCCAUGCUAGCUGAGGCUGUGAAAGCCAGGGAAAGACUAGUUGCUGACAAUGAGAGUGCCGUGGAAGGGCUUCUGGCUACGAUCAGCAGCAAGGACCAGCUUCUCAAGGAGUCUGCUGAGCGCUUCAACCGCAUGCUGUCUGAGCGCACUCAAGAGAUUCAGGAACUCAGGAAGCAACUGGCUGACAAGCAGCAGCAGCUCACUAAUGCUGAGAGGCAAAGCUCCUCAACAGCCCAGGAGAGUUAUUUAGAGACUGCCGAACUCAAAGCCCUGCUAGCGGAAAAAGACAGCCUCAUCAACAAGCUUCUGCAAAGCGGUCAGGAGAGGGACCAGUUCUUGGCAGAGAUGAGUCACAGGGCGGAGUCAGAACAUGUGUUGGAGCUCAGACAAACUAUCCAAAUCAUGCAAGAGAAGCUGGACGAAAGACAAGCCGAGCUGUCCAGGAGAAACAGUGAGGAUAGUCAGGAAAAUAAUCCACUAUCCAAAAAAACUGUUGUUGUCCUGAAAAAGGAGCUGGCACAGAAAACUGAAGCACUGAACAAAGCACUGAAGAGGGAGAAUGAGCUGAAGAUUUCCUUGGCUGAGCUCCAGUCAUUGUUUUCUGAGCUGGAGGGUCGCGGUGAAGGGCAGGCUGCUAACAUAGAGUCCUUGACUGCCACUUUGAAGACCAAAGAGGAGAUCAUCAAUGUUCUUCAUCUCCGCCUCGGUCAGGGUGCCGACUGUGGAGCCGAUCACACCCAAGAUCAGGUGUCAGGCUCUGGCAUGGACCGCUCGCCCCCUGUGCUGCCUCAGAGAGAGAUGACCAUGAUAGGUGGAGACAGGCAGCAAGAAGCCUUGCCAAACCUCAUGGCCUUGCAGCAGGAGCAGGAUGCUUUGAACAAGGCCCUGAGAGCCGAACAGCAGCUCUAUUCCAGCUUGGUCAGGACUGUGAAGGAGCAAGACAGUGCCCAGCGUCUCCAGGCUUUGCAGCUGGAGCUGACAGCAGUUCAGCUUCUCCGGCAGCAGCUAGAAGACAGCAUCAAAACUAAUGAAGAGCUAAGGGAUGACCUGGAAAGAGAGAUAAACAGGGCCAAACUGAGAGAAGGUAUGGACCUGAUUGACCCUAAAGAACUGGAAAGCAUGAGACAUCAGCUGGAAGAUGCUCAGCGCUGGAACGCAUCCCUGCAGGCUCGCUUGGGGGCAAUUCAGAACAGAGGAGGAGGGGUUGGCGGCGCCAGUGAUGGUGAUACUUUGAGUUUUGUUGGAGAUCAGACUUCCUACAUGAGUAUAUGUGUUGGAGAGGCACCUGAUGACAGUCUGUCCCAACUCUCUGCUCAGGAGCUCCGACAGAAGGUGCAGGAGCUGCAAGACUGUGUCAGUGGACUGCAAAGUUUAAACAAUGAGCUGCAGAGUCAGCUGUCAUUAACAGAGAAGUCAGAGAGUGAUUCUCAUGACAAAGAAGGCAAAGACCUGGCAAGCAGAAGCCGGUCCAAACAGCAGCUUGAGAAGACUCAAGAGGUGCAGCCACUGUCUGUCAGUUACAAGGGACAUCUUCAGGAUAAAGCGACCCAGGCAAGCCUCAAACUAGAACAGGUGUGGCGUGAGGAGAGCACAGAGGUUAGGCUUGGCCAGAGUGGACAACAGGAUCACUCUGACGGUAGCUUCUUGGACAGUGGAGUGAAUGAUUCUAGGAAGAUGUACAUAGAUGUAAUGGCACUUCAGACUCUACUGAGCGACUGUAGAACCUCCUCAGCCUCGCACCUUAGGGAUGAACUUCUCCGACUUAGAUCAGAAAAUAUGGAGCUUCGGGGUCUUCUGAAGGAACAAAAAUCGGCUGAAUGUAAAGAGAAAGAGAGCACUGAUGCUUCCGGGAACAGCAGUGAUGGACAGGCUGAACUGAGAAAGAGUGUGGAACCACCGCCAGCAGCUACUAAAGAGGACUCUAAAGUCAUCAAACUUCAGAAAGAAAGGGGAAAGCAAAACUUCCUGCUGUCAGAGGGUGAGACCCUUGUGACCACUGAAAGCACUGCAGAAGAGAUGGAGAGUUCAGAAAUGAAGCCACACAGCAAGAACUCAAGGCAGCAUGCUGCGCGACUCAGGAGUGGUGUCAAAUCUCGCCUACCUGUUCCUGUGAGGCUGAGGAUGGAGGCUAGCAACAACAUCAGCAGUCAGUUUUUCAGCUCUGAACAAGAUGAUGAACAUCAGCGCCUUAACUUGGGUGUCUGUGGUUCAGACCAUCAGCCACAUAGCGACUUUGACGCCGUCACGGAACCCCUACACAGCACUUCUGCUCCCUGCAGCCCCACUGGAUCUGAAGCCAGAGCGCUGGGGGAUCAGACCCAGAAUGUUUCUGCUCUGUUCACUCAGCUGGAGCUUCUGCACCAGGAGUGCCAGGAGAAAGAGGCUCUGAUCAACAAGCUGGGUGAGCAGCUUUCAGAUUGGGAAGAGCUCCACGCUCAGCUUCAGGAAAAGGAGAGACUUAAUCACCAUUUAACAGUGGCCUUACAGGCUGCUCAGUCCACCAUCGCUUACCUGACCGCCUGCAGUCUGGACAGCCAGGGGGGAUUUGUUUCAGGGUCUGGUUCGGAUGCUGCCCUUCACAGUCAAUGCUUAGAGCUUCAGAAAGCCUUACAGGAGAAGGAGGAGCUCAACAGCCAGCUGAUCAACCUUUUGAACAUGGCAGAGAGGAUCUUUAACUCCAAUCACCCCCAAGAAAAGAAUCCAGAAAUUCGAGACUUUUGUUUAAGAAUAGAGGGUGCAUUGGAGCAGUUAAAUGCAUCUUCAAAUCAAGAUGGCCCGAGAAGGGACCGCGGUGGCUCUGAGGACUCUCUGCAUGCGUUACAGCAGCAUGCGGACUCUUUGCAGAAGGCACUUUUGGAACAGAGCAGACUCAAUGCAGAACUCCAGGAACAGCUGAGGGCUGCAAACGUGUCGGCGCAACGCAGCGACAGCGCCGACGGCGCCACCUCAAGGCUGAAAGAUAAAACUGCAGAAUCACUUGAAGAAGACGUGUCGAAAAAAGGCCACGGCACAACAGGGGGUUCCGAGUCUGGGCCUUUAAAUGACGAGAUGCUCCAAGUUCUGAUGAGCUGUUUCAGUGCAGCGGAGUCCGCCGUUGCCUCUUUAGCAGCUCACUGUGCAAACACUGACGCGUUCCCGUCCAGGAAGUCAUCAGGUAUUGGCCCUGACUUCCACGUAAACUUAGACAAACUUCAGAGAGCCCUACAAGAAAGGAGGCGUCUGACAGAGCCUGCAACAAAAUCCCACAGCAAUGUGUCCCCUGUUCCCACUAAACCAGAGGGCCACAAGCUCCCUCAGGAUCUGCUGCUCCUCCACAAGGUCUGCAGUGAUCACUCUCAGAGGUUGUCGGACCUCCAGGCUUCCCUGCAUGAGGAGAGGGGCUGCAGAGGGGAGAGCGAAGCCCACAGGCCGGUGCACGAUGCCAGAGGAUUACCACCAAGUGUCCAGGUCCAACUGGAGACUUUACAUAAGGCUCUAAGGGAGAAGAAGAAGGCGUGCAAAAGCUUGGAGGAGAAACUGGCCUCCGCUCUUACCAAGGCGCCCGAAACUGCACAUAAAGCUCCUGAACAGGGAGACAAAGGAGUGCAGGUGGAUUUGCAAGACCUGGGUUACGAAACCAGUGCCAAGAGUGAGAACGAUAGGGAAGAGAACAGUAGCACAGAUCUGGAGGUGGGUGUGAACCCCAGCUGCAGCAGCUCCAGCCUGAAAAAUGAGCCGGCAACCUUCUCCUCCACUGAAAAUUUGGACUCCACUUCCAGCACGCCGUACCCCAGUUCACCGGCUCUCAGCUCCGCUAAAGUUAGUCUGAAAAGUCUGCAGGCAUAUGAUGAGUAUGGCGCAUCUGAGGACCCUCUCCAGCUUCGGGCACAAGUCAGAGAGCUGAAGGCUCAGCUGGAAAACCAGACCAAACUCAUCCUUCAAAUGCAGAGCCUCCAGCGCAGGAGCUCUCCCUUCGCCGACCCAGUCGCCGUUGCUUCAGACCCAUCCGUCACCAGGGAGCAGGAAGCCGCGCUCCGAAUGGACCGCAGCCAGGAGAGGAGCUACACAAGCGGGAAACUCGGGGAGAAAAAGGAGCGUGCGAGCCAUUCGGCGAAGGAAGCCUGCCCUCUGAAUCCAGAUGCACAGAACGACAGGAACAAAGCACAGAGUGACCAUCUGCAGCAGAGCCGCAGCCGCUCCACUUCACCCGCCAGACUGGACUCUCUGGUCCAGUCUCAGGCCAGAGAGCUGUCCCAGCUCAGGCAGCAGAUCAAGGAGAGCCGCAAGCUGGGAGCUCUGCAGCGCCGGCAGCUUGAGGACCUGAGCAAGGCCUUCAAAGAGCUGCUGCACGCUGGAGAAGUGGACUGCUACAUGGGCGAGGUGGUCAAAACCCAGCUGGACAAGAGCCUGAGCAUCCUGGACCGACUGGAGGGCCGGCUGGACAGAGGAGACUCUCAUCUGGAUAAUGAAGACGGGGCGGCUCUUGAUUUGUCUCGCAGGCUGGCCAAGGAGCUGCAGGAGAAGAAUAGAGUAAUCCAGAGCCUCCAGAGUAGGGUCAGAGGCCAGAGCCAGCACAGUUCUAUCUCUGACCUUCACCACUCCUCCUCCUCCUGCCACAGCAGCCCCUCCGCACACGGUGGCAGCCGAGCACACGGCCAGCAGCCCCGCUCUGACUGGACAGGAGGAGCUCUCCCUACUGUGGGCGGGGCUCAGGAGGAAGGCGUGUCGGGCCGCAGGGAGGCGGUCAGCAGACUGGAGGGUCUGCAGAGGGAGAACGGACGGCUGCAGGAGCAGCUGAGGAGCAGCGAGGACCUCAAUGCCACCCUGCGCUCUGAGCUGGACCUGCACCGCUCCAUCAUGGCCCAGACCGGCCCCGGAAGUCCGGAAAAGGGUCCAGGCCCAACCCAGCAAGGCCCAGAGGCCCAAACAGCUGCCUCUCAACGAGAUGGAGACAUCGGCCCCCAUGAAGGUCCUGGAGAACAGUCCCGCUCUCUGAAUGCAGACCUGCUGGCAGAACAUCUGCAGGAGAUCAGAGCUCUGCGACGACGCCUGGAGGAGAGCAUCCGCACCAACGACCAGCUGAGGGAACAGCUGGAGAGGAGACUGGCCGAGGUGGAGAAAGACCCAGCGUCCACCAACAUCUUCAUCCAAGGCAACGAGGACCAGGGUCAGCUGGCCAACGAGGUGCGAUUCCUCUGGGAACAAAACCAAACCCUGAAGGAGCAGCUCAGCAUGGGAUCCAGAGAUAAGCAGAAAGAGAACGAGAAGCUCCGGGAGACGCUGGCCAGGCGGGCGGCCAAACUGGAGCAGAGCAGAAAGGACUGCGAGGCCCUGCGGCAGGAGAACCUGCACCUGCAGGAGACGCUUAGGCAGCAGAGCCAGGAGCAGGCGCUGCUGCAGGACGCGCUGCGCCUCGGCAAAGAGGAGCUGCACAGGUUGCAGUGUGAGGUGAAGCUCCAGAGGCAGCAGCUGUCCGACUCCCAGCACCUCCUCCAGUCUCUGCGGGUGGAGCUGCACGUUCACGAGAAGAUGAGGAAGGAUUCCAGCAAACACGACGAGUCUCCUGCGGCGCCCCCCCCCGGCCCGGUGGACCUGGCCGAGCUGCUGUCGGAGAUCCGGCACCUGCGUCUGCAGCUGGAGAGGAGCAUCCAGACCAACACGGCCCUGCGGCAGAAGCUGGAGGAGCAGCUGCUCCGAGGAGCCGCUCGCUCCGAAACCAUCAACAUCAACUACCUGCUGUCGUCUGCAGAGGAGGGAGGCAGGUCGCCGGGCCGGGAGGGCUGUGAGCCCCAGCGCUCGCUCAACAGCGAGCACGCCAGCACCCUCCAUGACGUGAAGCGCUCCGCCCGCUCGGACGGCGGCUCGGUCAGCAGCGGCUCCGGCGACAGCGCCUCGGCCGCGCCCUCCCGGCUGGUGCCCGGCCACAGAAUGUGGGCCAAUCGCAACGGGCGCCACGUGCUGGGCCUCAUUGAGGACUACGAGGCGCUGCGCAAGCAGAUCGGGGAGGGCCGCAAGCUGGCGCGCAGCAUGGACGCCCAGCUGGAGCAGUGCGCGCUGACCCUCAGCCAGCAGGCCGCCGGCGGCAAGGCGGAGCAGCAGCUGAGGAGCCUGGCGGCCAGCAGCAGCACCAUGCUGACCGUGCUGGAGGAGGCCGGCCGCCUGCUCAAGCUGCUCUGGAGGGUGGCCCCGCCGGCCGGGUGGACGCCAGCCGACGGCAGCACCGGCCAGCAGGACGAGCUGCUGAAAAACGAGAUCGCCCGCCUGAAGAGCCGGCUGAGCCAGCAGGAGAGGAUGCUGAGCGGAGCCGUGAAGCGCCUGCGCUCCACCAACCAGCUCAAGGAGGGCAUGGAGAGGGUCAUCAUCGACCAGUUGUCUCUCACACACGGCGUGCUGAAGAAAGCCAGAGGCAAUCUAGAGACAAAUUACUGUGCCCUCUUGGGCAUGAAAGGCCCGCCUGGAGGAGCAGGUGAAGGAGGUGCCGGUGAAUGGCCAGUAGUGGACACUGCAGCCCCCCCGGAGCAGAGGGGCGUCCCCGUUUCCAGGCGGACUCUACGGAGAAGCUCCGCGUCGUCAGGAGACCGAAGCAGCGACUGA